AUGUCGAUGGUGCUACUGGGCAGCGCCACCGGCGCAUUGGUGCGGGUCGUUCCGGCCGGGGUGUGCGACAGCCAGAGUACGCAGGCGGGGCCGCCGGCGGCGUAUGACGGAGGAGCUGCGGCGUCGCAGCCGGGGGUCCGCGCAACUUUGAUAGCGCUGCGGGGUCGAUGUGGCCGCGACGUGCGGCAGCCGGAGUCGGCGGAGUGCAGAGGAGCGGCGAAGCCGGCGGCGCCGCAACCGAGGGAGGAAUAUAUUUUGGGCCUUUUACGCCAGUGCCAUUAA